AUUGGACUUAUAGUUAAUAAUAUAAAAAUAAUAAAAACAUUAAUAUGGAGAUAGAACUGGAAGUAUUUGAAGUGUACGAUGAAGAGCGUGGUGAUGGUGAAUGUACUAGAGGGGUAGGUAGAAGUAAUGGGUGUGGGGAUGACAAUGACAAUGAAAAGUGUAAACGAACAUCAAAGAAAAAAAAUAAACAUACACGUAAAAAACGUAAACAUAAAGAACCGUCCAGAAACAAUAGUACUUCAUCACCAUGUGGUUUAAGUGAUGGUAAUUUAAGUGGUGAAUCGGAUUCUAGUUUAAAUCGAACGAAUCGUGUUCGUAAAUCAUUACUUUCAUUACUUAGUAAACUUGUUAUAUGGCGACGACAUAGACGGUAUCGUACCGAAACACCACCGUCCAAAGAUGACUUCCAUAGAAAAUAUUCAAAUGUUGAAACUGAACGUCGUAUUCGAGCCAAUGAUAAAGAGUACAAUUCACAAUUUCGUUACGCUAAUAACUACAUAAAAACGUCGAAAUACAGUAUUCUAACUUUUUUACCAUUAAAUCUAUUUGAACAGUUUCAACGACUUGCCAAUUUCUAUUUUUUGUGCCUAUUAAUUCUACAAUUGAUUCCUGCUAUAAGUAGUCUUACGCCUGUUACAACAGCUAUACCAUUAAUUGGAGUACUUUCAUUGACAGCAAUUAAAGAUGCGUAUGAUGAUUUUCAAAGACAUAUGUCAGAUUCUCAGGUAAAUAAUCGAAAAUCCAGGGCUGUGAGAAAUGGUAAAUUAGUGCAAGAAAAAUGGGCUAAUAUACAAGUUGGUGAUAUAAUUCGUAUGGACAAUAAUCAAUUCGUUGCAGCUGAUGUUUUGUUAUUGUCUACAAGCGAACCUAAUGGCCUUUGUUACAUCGAAACAGCCGAGUUAGAUGGAGAAACAAAUUUAAAAUGUCGUCAAUGUUUGACUGAAACAGCUGCAAUGGGUAAUAAUGAUGCACUAAUUGGUGGUUUCGAUGGAGAAAUACUGUGUGAAACACCAAAUAAUUUAUUAAAUAAAUUCGAUGGAACAUUAUAUUGGAAAAAUAAACGUUAUGUAUUAGAUAAUGAUAAAAUAAUAUUAAGAGGUUGUGUUUUACGUAACACACAAUGGUGUUAUGGUGUUGUUAUAUUUACUGGUAAAGAUACGAAAUUGAUGCAGAAUAGUGGAAAAACCAAAUUUAAACGAACUAGUAUUGAUAGGUUACUUAAUUUUCUAAUUAUAGGAAUUGUAUUUUUUUUAUUAUCUUUGUGCCUGUUUUGCACAGUUGGUUGCGGUAUUUGGGAAUGGCUGGUUGGUCGUUAUUUUCAAAUAUAUUUACCGUGGGAUACGUUAGUUCCACAACAACCAUUAACUGGUGCUUUAGUUAUAGCGUUUCUAGUAUUUUUUUCAUAUGCGAUUGUUUUAAACACAGUGGUACCAAUAUCGUUAUAUGUAUCUGUUGAAGUUAUUCGUUUUAUACAAAGCUUUUUAAUUAACUGGGAUGAACAUAUGUUUUAUUCAAAAACGAAUACCAGUGCAAAAGCUCGUACAACUACAUUAAAUGAAGAAUUAGGACAAGUGCAAUAUAUAUUUUCUGAUAAAACGGGAACAUUAACACAAAAUAUAAUGACCUUCAAUAAAUGUACAAUAGGUGGUAAAUGUUAUGGUGAUAUUCUUGAUGAUCAAACGGGUGAAAUUAUAGAAGUUACUGAGAGCUUGCUAACUGACUACUCACCCAAAGACAAGUUAUUGGAUGAAGCUGAACAAGUGGGGUUUUCUACACCAUUACACCCAAAGAAAUCACAAGAAACAAAAGCUCCAAUUGUUACCUUCGCACCAAGCACAAAAGCUAACACAGAACCAUUGGAUUUUUCAUUUAAUCCACACUACGAACCAGAAUUCAGAUUUUUCGAUGAAGCAUUGCUACGCGAAGUUCGACAAAAAGAUCCAGAAACUCACAUGUUUUUUAGAUUAUUAGCACUAUGCCAUACAGUGAUGGCAGAUCAAACAGAAGGAACAUUAGAAUAUCAAGCACAAUCACCCGAUGAAGCUGCGCUGGUUUCAGCAGCUCGAAAUUUCGGUUUUGUAUUUAAAGAACGAUCUCCGAACAGUAUUACAAUUGAAGUACAAGAGAAAAAAGAAAUACACGAACUGUUAUGUAUUCUAGAUUUUAAUAAUGUUAGAAAACGGAUGUCGGUUAUUUUAAGAAGUGAAGGUCAACUACGAUUAUAUUGUAAAGGAGCUGAUAAUAUUAUUUAUGAACGAUUGAAACCAGGAAAUGAUGAAAUGAAAGAAAGAACUCAGGAACAUCUAAACAAAUUUGCUGGUGAAGGAUUACGAACAUUGUGUGUAGCUUAUAGAGAUUUAGACGAUGAUUUUUUUGCCGAUUGGAAAGCACGACAUCAAGAAGCUGCACUAAUUGUAGAAGGUAGAGAAGAACGUUUGGAUGCAAUUUAUGAAGAAAUUGAAAAAGAUAUGAUAUUACUUGGUGCAACGGCAAUUGAAGAUAAAUUACAAGAUGGUGUACCACAAGCAAUUGCAAAUUUAGGAUUAGCAGGAAUUAAAUUAUGGGUUUUAACUGGUGAUAAACAAGAAACUGCCAUUAAUAUUGGUUACUCAUGUCAUUUAUUAAAUGAUGAUAUGAUAGAGCUAUUUAUUGUCGAUGGAGUGACUCAUGAAGAGGUUGAACAACAACUUCGACAAUUUCGUGAAUCGAUUCGAAUUAUAAAUACUUUUCAGCCAUGCAAAUCUAAGACAGAUAAUACAGCACCAAAUGGUAUUGUUUCCAGUAGUACAAGUUCCUUAGAACAUCAUAGCAGAGUAGCUCCAUCCCCACAGCAAGAGGAAGCUACAAUUGUAGGACCACCUGCUGUUAGUGUUGUUACCUUCAGGUGGGACGUCGCGGAUAACAGGUAUACUGAAAGUGUCCUCGAUGCUAAUCGACGUUUUAGCAAUUUUGAUAGUUCUAAUCUCCCGGGUGGCUUUGCACUUGUUGUAAAUGGACAUUCAUUGGUACAUUGCUUACACCCACAAUUAGAAAAAUUAUUUCUGGAUGUUUCAUCACAAUGCAAGUCAGUGAUUUGUUGUCGAGUAACACCUUUACAGAAAGCACUUGUAGUUGAAUUAAUUAAAAAGAGUAAAAAAGCUGUUACGUUAGCAAUUGGUGAUGGAGCUAACGAUGUUUCCAUGAUAAAAGCUGCACAUAUUGGCGUUGGAAUAUCUGGCCAGGAAGGAAUGCAAGCUGUUUUAGCAUCCGAUUAUUCUAUAGCCCAAUUUAAAUUUUUAGAAAGAUUAUUACUUGUACAUGGUAGAUGGUCUUAUUAUCGGAUGUGUAAAUUUUUGCGAUAUUUUUUUUAUAAAAAUUUUGCAUUCACGUUGUGCCAUAUAUGGUUUGCUUUCUUCUGUGGAUUUUCAGCCCAGACUGUGUUUGAUCCAAUGUAUAUCUCUGUUUACAAUUUAUUUUAUACGUCAUUACCAGUCUUAGCAUUAGGAAUAUUUGAUCAAGAUGUGGAUGACAAACAUUCAUUGGCAUACCCACAACUUUACAAACCUGGUCACUUAAAUUUAUUAUUUAACAAAAAAGAAUUUAUGCGAAGUGCAAUUCAUGGCUGUUAUAGCUCUCUAAUUUUGUUCCUGAUACCAUAUGGGACUUACAAGGAUGGUGCCACUUCUGAUGGACUUGUGCUUUCUGAUUAUAUGUUACUUGGAAGUGUGAUGGCAUCUAUUUUGGUAAUUGUGAAUACUGUUCAGAUUGCAUUAGAUACAUCAUAUUGGACUGUCUUUAAUCACAUAAUGAUAUGGGGUUCGCUGUUAUGGUAUUUUAUAUUAGAUUAUUUUUACAAUUAUGUUAUUGGUGGUAUAUAUGUUGGUUCAUUAACGAUAGCUCUACAGGGUUUUACAUUUUGGUUUACCACUUUACUGACAACAAUCAUAUUAAUUAUACCGGUUCUUGCAUGGCGAUUCUAUUUUGUUGAUGUGCGGCCAACAUUAUCGGAUCGUGUUCGAUUAAAACAACGAUUAACACAAAUACGAUCGCGGCAUAGUUUAGAUGAACUACGAACACCAUCUGCACGUCGUACACGACGAUCAAUUCGUUCUGGUUAUGCAUUUGCACAUCAAGAAGGUUUUGGCCGACUGAUUACAUCUGGUAAAAUAAUGCGUAAACUGCCACAUACAGACUUUAAUAUACCGGGAAUUGGUAAAUUAGCUUUAAAUACUACAUCCAAUUUUCAUCAUCAAACUAAUGGUACCGGUCAAAAUCGUAGUGAAACUUCAUCAACACCUACUGACGAUAUGAGUCCACGUGCCCCUGUACAAGAUCUCGAUACCAUUAAUUUAUGAAAAGUAUUUUUUUUUUAAUUACUUACUACAAUUUUUUUUUAAGAAGACUGAAUAUAACUUGAGAAAUUAUUGUCAAUGCUAAUUUUUCACCAAAAAAAUAAAAUCUAUCUAUAAU